CUCCUGAAGAAAAAAUAGGACACCAUCUAAAAUCUAUUGCGGUACAACGUAACGGUAUCUAUUCUAGACUUUUGAAAAAGUUGAACACGAUCAAUGAUGAAUAUGAAACACAUUUCAAAAACUUUGAAAAGGAAUUACCAAUCGCCGCAAAAAAAGAUAAUUUACCAAUACCAAAAUCUUUUCCGGCAUGGAAUGAUGCAUAUGUAGAAGAUGUACAUAAAAACAAAGCCAUCGUGGAAAAAUUAGCUCAUAAAGAAAUUACUAAAGAACAUGAAGACCAUACCGGUUCCCAAUUAGGUGGAAAUAUCACGUUCAAAGCCGACAUUGAAGAUGUUACGUCAUUCGAUCGACUUGUUGAAAUCAUGAAAGCUUCAGUUAAGGAGGAGAAGCGUGUUAAGGCUAUCGGAUCCUUUGCUGCAUUCAGCGGAAUUACCGAAACAGAUGGCUAUCUUUUACAAACAAACCAAUAUACUGGAAUUUCAAAAACCUCUUUGGAUAUAUUAAGAGAAAAUAUCAAAGCUCAAGCCGAAAAAGAUGACAUUGUUUAUUAUGACGUAAAAUGUGGAAAUACUAUUCAUGAUGUUGUUAAAGAAUUAAAAAAAGAUAAUAGAGCUUUGUUCAAUUUAGAUGGUUGGGGAGGCGGGAAACUUUAUCGAAUUGAACCAUCCCAAGGGAUAACUGAUCCACUCAAAUUCCAGCUUAAAUUCCCUAAUAUCAGUCUAAUUCAAGAUGAUGAAACUUUUAACGCUAGCAUAGUGCACAUUGGUGCUCUCGGAAUAACUUAUGAAAUAACAAUAUACUCAAUUUCUCUCUAUUCUAUUAUUGAGACUCGAGAAGAAACCACGUGGGACCAUGCCAAAACUAUUCUAAAACAAAAACCUUAUUCUUCCAAUCCUUAUCUCCAAUAUCGUAAUUGUGAAGUUUGGAUUAGUCCGUACACUGAUUAUGCUUUAAUAACCAAAAGGAAUAAAGCAACUCAAGAAGAUAAGAAGAAUUAUCCAAAACCCGAAAUUAAUAUAUUGCUUCAAGAAUUUAUGGAAUUGCCCAUAGUACAAGGAAUUUCUAAAUUUUUAGCUGUUAGUGUGGGUGGUGCUUUGUUUUUGCUGUUAAACUUGUUUCCAGCUACCGUUCCAUCUAUGAUUGAGCUUGCUACUAGAACUCAAUAUCAUAAAGAUCCUAAAGUUGAUACUUAUGAUAAUAUUUAUCCAUUUUCAUUUUCAAUGAAAGAUGAUAAUUACAUUGCUGCCAUCGAUGCAAUUCUUCAAACACUCAAAAAGAUUAGAGAAGAACACAAUUUAAACAUCAAUGGUCCGGCUUCUCUAAGGUUUUCUGCAGCUUCUUCUCAGUAUCUUUCUAUGGCUUAUAAUGCUGACAAUGAACCUAGAGCUUAUCUUGAAAUGCCAAUUUUACUUUAUGAACCACAUAUCACUUAUUACAAGAAGACUUAUGACGCAUUACUACAAACAGCACUAAAAUUUAAUGCAAGAUGUCAUUGGGGUCAAUAUUUUUCAUCUUUACUUGAUCACCAGUAUCUUAUAAAUUCUUAUGGAGCAAAGCCUAUUUCUUUGUUUAUCAAACAAAUUCAAAAAUUUGAUCCUCAAGGAAUUAUGAGCAAUGACUUGCUAAACCAUUUAGGAUUAACACCUGAUGGUAAAGUUAUUGAUGUUAACCCAUUUCAAAAAAUUAUUAAAGAUAUUAGUAUUGUAGCGGAUGAAUUUUGGAACAAAUUAACAUCUCUGAAUAUAAAAGACAAAAAAACUGGCUAA